AUGGAGGACCUAUCCAACUGCUUGAAGGUACCACCUUCCGAUUUUAUAUGCAGUAAGAUCACGACAUACCUUAUCAAGGAAAGACCCAUCUGCGAAGUCGAAUUGAAAACUAAACAGAUGCAAACCAUUCCAAAGGAUUGUGAUACCAAAGUCAGUAAAGGCACUUUCGAAAUUUGGCACCCUAUAAGCACCAACCAAUGGUUAUUUGUAGUCACCAAUCCCACAAUUGGUACAAUAUACUGCGAUUCUAACACUAAAACCAGCGAUGUCAACAUAAAUGGAAUUGGGAUUUUUACCUUAAAAUCCAAGUGCAAAUGCUAUACCUUAGCUAUAACCUUAUAUGCUUCGUCCAACCAAUUUGCAAAUUACACCAGUCCGCUGCAAUCAGUUGACAUUACUCUGGAUGAUUGCUGCAGAUAA